GCGAGGCCGAAGGAGGGCGCGUCGGCGCCUCGGCUAGGAUGGGAGUCCCCGGCCUCCGGAGCUGAGCAAGCCGGCCCGCGGCGAGGAGGGCGCGCCGCAGGGAGGCUAGCCUCGCUCUUCCUCCGGGAGCCCAACACCUUUCCCGCGCCGCCAAGAUGAUCCCCCCGAGCGGCGCCCGAGAGGACGGCGUGGACGGGCUGCCCAAGGAGACGGCGAACGCCGAACAACCGCCCUCUCCUGCAUCCACCGGCAGCCAGGAAUCCAAGCUCCAGAAACUAAAACGAUCACUUUCUUUCAAGACCAAGAGUUUACGGAGCAAAAGUGCUGACAACUUCUUCCAGCGAACCAACAGCGAUGCGAAGCUGCAGGCAGACAUGCUUUCGGAGGUCAGCCCCAGCUCCAGCCUGCUCCCUGCCCCCGGAUGCCUGACGUCCACAGUCACCAGGGCCGGCCUGUACCCAGGCGGCGGCAAGGCCCACGCCUUUCAGGAGCACAUCUUCAAGAAGCCCACUUUCUGUGAUGUCUGCAACCACAUGAUCGUGGGAACCAAUGCUAAGCAUGGACUGCGCUGCAAGGCCUGUAAGAUGAGUGUCCACCACAAGUGCAUGGACGGCCUGGCACCCCAGCGGUGCAUGGGCAAGCUGCCAAAGGGGUUUCGGCGUUACUACAGCUCCCCCUUGCUCAUUCAUGAACAGUUUGGAUGCAUUAAAGAAGUUAUGCCCAUUGCCUGCGGCAAUAAGGUGGACCCUGUCUAUGAGACCCUCCGCUUCGGUACCUCCCUGGCCCAGAGAACAAAGAAGGGCAGCUCCGGCAGCGGCUCCAGUUCACCUCACGGAACCUCGAUUUCAGAUCUUGUUGAGGUUCCUGAAGAGGCUGACGGGCCAGCAGGCGUGUACGGCCUACGGAAACGUAGCAACAGCGUGUUCACGUAUCCAGAAAAUGGCACUGACGAUUUCAGAGACCAAGCAAAGAACAUAAACCACCAGGGACCUCUUUCCAAAGACCAAUUACAGAUGAACACCUAUGUUGCCUUGUACAAAUUUAUACCACAAGAGAAUGAAGAUCUGGAAAUGAGGCCAGGAGACAUGAUUACUCUCCUAGAGGACUCCAAUGAAGACUGGUGGAAAGGGAAAAUUCAAGACAGGAUUGGCUUCUUUCCAGCCAACUUUGUUCAGAGAGUACAACAAAAUGAGAAGAUUUUUAAAUGUGUUAGAACCUUCAUUGGGUGUAAGGAACAGGGGCAGAUAACACUGAAAGAGAAUCAGAUCUGUGUGACUUCUGAAGAAGAACAAGACGGCUUUAUCAGAGUCCUCAGUGGAAAGAAGAGAGGUCUGGUUCCCUUCGACGUUCUAGAAAACAUCUGAUUGCUGGCCCCUCCUCCUUUUGCAGUCGGCAAACUCACCUCACACUGUGUUAACCCAGAGGGGCUGCCGCGCUGACCCGCCACCCAGGAAACAGUGAGACAAGACUCAAGAAUCUGAGACUGUGGGGGAACAGCCACAAGGCAGGAGGCGCAUCCCACAGCACAUCCAGGCUGCCCAAAGAUGGGGGUGAGGCUG